AGCUAUCUAUGUUCGUUGGAGAAUAGCCCUCAAGCUCAUCUCCCCUUGGUUCCCAUUGAGGUCAACUGUUGGGUUUCAGCAUGGCCCAGGUCUAGAGAGGAUUAGAAUGUCUGGGCUUAAGUGGGAUCUCCGCCACUCCCUUACAUUGAAUUUGGGGUCUGCCUUCCUUGUUAAAGCCCUGACCUUUCACUCAGAAAGGCUGAGAGUUGCACUGAGAGAGUCUCUCCCCCUGCCUUUCUGAGUGAGAGCACAGGACUUUACCUCUGAUUGGCAUGACUCCCAACUCUGCCUGAGUUACCUAGUAACAGCUCCGCGUCCCUGGCUGGAGUGUACACUAUGGCGAGUAGCAGACCAAUGGCUAAAAGAGUAGUGGUGUACAGAAAUGGGGACCCCUUCUCCCCAGGCCGCCAGCUGCUGGUGACUCAACGCCGCUACCCCACUAUGGAGGCCUUCCUUUGUGAUAUAACGUCAGCUGUACAAGCCCCACUGGCUGUGCGUGCCCUCUACACACCUUGUCACGGCCACCCUGUCUCCGACCUGGCAGAUCUACAGAAUGGAGGGCAGUAUGUGGCUGCUGGCUUCGAACGAUUCCACAAGCUCCCCUAUUUACCCCCAGGAGGGAAGAAGCCAGGUGGGAGGAGCAGCAGACCACAAGACCCUCCCAGGACUUGCUACCCCUGUGAUGGGGCCCUUGGACAAUGGCUUCCUGCAGGUGCCCCCUGCUACAUCCACGUGUUCAGGAAUGGAGACCUGCUAAGUCCCCCAUUUAGUCUGAAGCUGUCUCAGGCUGCCAUCAAGGAAUGGGCAACUGUGUUGAAGCUACUGACUGAGAAGGCCAAGCUGCAGAGUGGGGCUGUGCACAAACUCUGCACACCUGAGGGAGUCCCGCUGUCUGCAGGGACGGCUCUUGUGAGCGGCCAUUACUACGUAGCGGUGGGAGAGGAUGGAUUCAAGGCCCUGCCCUAUCUGGAGCUGCUGGUGCCCAGCCCCUCCCUGCCCAGGGGCUGCUGGUAUGUGUGUAAGAGGCCCAGGCCACUGGGGAUGACUGAGGUGCCCCCCUUGGAGCUGUGUGCGCUCACUCCUUGCCUUCCUUUGCCCACAGCCUUUCCUUUCAUUGGCCACAGGGCUCCGGCCACCACACACUCUCCGGAGGAAGCAGCAGGACAAACGGAGCCCUCUGUUUUCUAUGCCAGACCCGAGCAGGCUAUUCAGCCAAGAAAUACUCUCCCUACUCCCUCGUUUCCAUCAGGAGUUCAGGGAGUGUACAGGGCUCCUCACCCAAGGAAAGAGACAGCAGGAGCCCAGGAAGUCGCUGAUGAUGAAGACACACGGACAGAGGUGCCUUUGGAUCAGAGGGCAACACCAAUGGUGGAAGAAGCCCAGUCCUUGGAAUGCCAGCCUUAGGCUGGGGCCGCACCUUCAGCCUCAGUCCAUGCUCCACCACCUCAAGAGCCAGAACGCUCUACACUGAAACUGUGGACAAAGACUUAAUAGUCACCUUUGUGUUUGGCCUCUACCAGCCUGUUACAGGGAGCCAUGUCUCUCCUGGAAUCUGAGGGGAUGUGGCCUCCUCAGAUCCUCCCCAUCCUCCUGUCCUUAAGCCCACAGCCCAGAGUCUUCCUUCCUCUCUGGUCACAAAAUCCCUUGCUGGGGAGGCUGGUUCCUUAUGUCAGAUUUUUGGCCAUGGGGCUGGGAAUGUGGCUUAGUGGUAGAUUGUCUUGAAUGCAAGAAGCCCUGGCUUG